GAAAGAAUCCCUAGUGAAGAGUACGAUGACUUCCAAGCUCAGGAGACCCCAACUCUUCGCCUACACCGCCGAUGGUAGGAGGACCCUGGCAUCGUAUCCGCAAUACGUCGGAGGAGUAUGCAAGAAGCCUACAAAUUUAUACUCGAUGGAAGUCGGUGUAGCUGCAUCUUACAAUGGCGCGUUGAGGAGCACUGGGGAACGUAGCCCAGGGAAGGGCCUCCAUGUAAACUUCACUGAAAAGGGCGAAGUAAAAGAAAGACGGGAGAAAUUCCUCACUGCCAAGUACGGAUCACACCAAAUGUCAUUAAUCAGGAAGAGGUUAGCUGUUGAAAUGUGGUUGUACGAUGAACUCCAGAAACUCUUCGACUCAACGGAUAAAACUACUCCAGAAGUUGAAGUUGACAUUGAUGAAUUACUUGAUAUGGAUGAUGAUAAUCAGAGAAGAAGGCAUUUACAGAAAAUCCUUUGUGACGCCAAAAAGUCACCUCUUGAUGUUAAGAAAUUUGUUGAUGAUCUUCUGGAGAGGACAAAAACCCUCUAAAACCACUUACUUACUGUGUGGGCCUGUAUGCUGUAGUCCUUCCUUCAAGUGUUCCACAUUCAGUUGUGUUAUGGCUUCAGUCUCUUGACGAGAAAGAGAGAGAAAUGAAUCUCAGUUCAGAACUUUGUAUACACCAUCCGAAACCUUCUUGGUCACUAAAGACUUUUUCUUUCCUCUUUCAGUCUAUUGUACUUUUUCGUUUUGUUUUUUUAGUUACUAAUUUAAUAAAAGUUAAAGACUGAAGGAUAACAUAGCCAAAAUCAUAUACCUCUCAUUACUGUUUCUUUCCCUCUUAAUAUAAGAAUGUUCAUUUAUAUUUUAUUAUAAUUGUGUAUAUCCCAUUAGUUUUUCAUUGCACCUCAAGGAGAAAUUUUGGUUGGGUUUACUUUGUAUUUUUUUAGAAAUCGUGUCAUGUUUUCUCUUUUUAACCUACAAACAAGUCCAUUUUUACCAAAGAAUAUCUAUUCUUAUUAUUAUAAUCAGCAAUGUUUGAAAGUAAGUAUCAAAUCACCUAGUAAUGAGCAAGAAAUAGGUAGUAUGUUUGAUUUAUUGUUAAUUUCAUGGCUUAGCUUCCUGUUGAUCGUUUAAAAUAAAAAAUAUAUGUAUAAGAAAAGAAUAUAAGAUCACAUAAGGCCUAAACAUUUAAAUGCUCAUAAUAAUUAUAAUAUCAAAUACAAUGUUUUCUUAGUCCAGAACCGUGUAGAAUAACACCUUCAAUUGCGUCCUUAGAUACAACUUUUAAGAUUAUAAUAAUUCGGUUGGUUACUUAAUCGAAACUUGUCUUAGCUGAUUAACUUCGUAAGAUAGGAGUCCAAUUCAUUAUGCUCCAUCCAACCGGAUAAAAUAGUUUUCCUAGUUAACCCAUUUAAAAAAAAACAGUUCAAGUUUAUUCCAGUGCUAAAUAAAAUUGAUAAUUAUUAAAAUUGAUUCAAGUAUUCGAUUUUUAUUCACUAGACAAUUAAAUAACAUUAAUAUAAUAUAUUUGUAUUUUUUAUUCUUAUUUUUUACUAUUUAUCUAAUGCUUAGUGUUGGUAUUAAUAAAAGAUAAAGUGAGUAAUGUUUCUUUAGCUUUAGUUCCUUAGUUAUUGUAAUAAUCAAACUUCAGAGUAGAUAUAUGAAUAAGUAAACAACAUACAUUUUAAGAAAAAAUAAUUGUACAUUGAACAGAGAAUUACGUUAAAAGUGAUUACUGAAGAAUGUAACUUAGAGUUUGUAAAGUAAGUGACUUAAGGGACUAAACAAAAUUUCUUUUAAUCCAUUUUGAUUGUUUACUCUUGAUGUAUUUUCAUUGAAAAUAUAAUUAUUUUUCUUAAAUGAACAAUUUUUAACCAGUGAAAGUAUGACUGACAUAUAAGCUUCAGGGAUUAGUAAAAAGUUUACUGCUUCUUUGUAUGUUUUUAUGAGGCGCAAAGGAAGAUUAAAAUCAGUGUUACAUGUAUUUAUUUCUAUAAUGUUUUUGUUAGAGGUUUAUUCAUUUUUAUAUUGAAAAUAGCUGCUUCCAGGUUGUGACUUUAAAAUAAUAUGUUCUAAUUAAAAAUAUUAUUACGAAAGUUGUGUUAUAAAUGCAAUUUUCAUGUGCAAUGAAAGAGAAAUUAAAAUUUUGUGAAAUGUAUUCAAUUGGUUACUUUUUUUGUUGUUUAUAAUAAUAUAAAGAUAACAGUCUUGAAAAUUGUGAUCUGAGAACUACUUAAAUUCUUCUACCCAGCAUUUUCAACACAAACAAUUAUGUAAAUCAACUAGUAAAUUAAUACCUGAAAAAAUGUUUAAUAGAUACAUUGGUGCAGAGGUUAGGCUACGUUUUUUUUAAGGGGAGGGUUGAAGGUACAAUCUAGUAACAGUUCUUCAAACCCUAUGUUUUGUCCAAUCCUGCGCUCUAGUAUUCCUCUGCUUAUAUUUUUGAAAAGAAUCAAUGAAAACGUCUUCUAAAGAAAUAGGUUUUUAUUGCUUAUCAAUUUUCAGGGAUUGCGUAAUUAAUAUUAAACAAGAAUAUUUUUCCUUUGUCAUCUAUGUAUUUUCCCAAAAUAACCUUCAGGGAUUUUAAAAAUUUGUAGCUUAUAAAACAAGAAACACUCAGUUUACAUAAACUAAUACUUAUACCUAUUCGUAAACAGCUAUUGUAUUUUUUGAGAUGACCUAAUUUGGGAACUGUUUCAUUAAGUCAGAUAUUGGUUAGCUUUUAAAGAAUGUUUGUGUUAUCCAACAAAUUUGAUUGUAUAAGUGCUUUCCUAGAUUAAGUAAAUACUAACAUAUCGCUAAUAUCAUAUGUCUAGGCCGAAAAAUUAUGGCUUAGAGAUCGAAGUUGAAUUUAUAGCUUGGAUAUAUUUGUUGUUAUGUAAAAUGUUUGAAUUUGUAUAGUUAUAAAGCUGCUUUUUAUUUACAUGUUUCUUUUAUCUGAGAUGUUGACAUAUUGUUAUAUUUGAUAAAUUUAGUUAUAAGAGUUUUGUUGGUUUUAUUAUUACCAUUUUCUUUUUUUUUUUUACUGCCUACUUCCUACUGAAAGAUUUCUUAGUUGACAGAUUAUUCAACCUUUAAAUGUGAACACAUUAAAUCAAAAUAUCCUGAAAGGAAGAAUAAAAGAAUGAAAGGGAAUUCCUGACCCAUUAUGUUGAUCUCACUUUUGUAAAAUGAUUAAAUGUACUCUUUAAGUAAGAAUUAACCACUUUUAAAUAAUUGGGUUUAUGAACAAAAUUUUUAAUUUUAAAUAUUCAAUGCUACUUUCCCAUUGUCUUUUUAAUAUUGUUUCUAUAUUUAAAAAUCAUUGUCAUUCAUAAAUGGUUAAUUUUUUGUUUGUUUUGUACAAAUUCUUUCUGCUUUCACCUAUUAAUUCACCAUAGAUAUUGACUGCAAUUUUUAUUUCCCUGAAACUAGUUUAAUUUGAAAUUUGACACCACACGUCAAAAAAUGUAAAUAUUUUUUGUACUUUUUCUAUAUUAUUCAUUUGAGUUUUUUUUUUUUUUUUUUAUGUAGGAUUAAUAUAAAUUUGCAUUAAGUUUUAUUUUCAUUCUGUUUUUUUGUUCAACUGAUAAAAGUUUGUUAUACCCUAUAGUUAUUAAACAGUUUCCUUGGAUAGAUGUAUUAAUGAUUGUAUAGAAUAAAUAUUAGUAAAUGCUAUUAUUUU